ACAUACCAGAUGAUUUAUCAACUCCUUUGUCCUUAAUUUAAAAAGAAAUGAAAUGAUUUCUAAGAAUUUGGCUUAUAAUAUUUUACAGGAUGGUAGAAAAUGGAAUCAAAACUUUUUCUUAGGGAUAGAUAGCAUUUAACAGCUCCUGAAUCCAACAAAUCAAUCAAAUCUACAAAAUUAAUAAUAAUUUUCUUAUUAGCUUUGAUUAUUUUUUUAGCUUACUCAAUUGUGGAUUUGUGAUUGGUUACUUGAAAUGCGAACUACACUUUGGCAGGAAUUAGAUAACGAUUUAGAAAAAUUAACUACAAAUAUAUCUCUUGGAGGUUUUCAACGUGAUUUAGCUUGUUUGAGACAAUUAUGUCAACAUAUUCCAUCUACUUUAGCAAGAGUAUUUGUUUAUGAAGCCACAACACGUAUAAUGGCGGGAGCAACACCAGUGAAAACUCAAAUAUUGUUAGACCGUAGCUUACAUCACAGAAAUUCACGUUCUUCAAUUUUCUGUGGAAAAGAUCGUUCACAAGAUCAAUAUACUGGAGAAAGAGAACACGCGGUAGCUUUAUGUUUAGCUUGCCGACAUUUACCUCCACUAUUAUUAGCCUCUCCUGGAGAACGUGCAGGCAUGCUUGCAGAAGCUGCUAAAACUCUUGAGAGGGUAGGAGAUAUAAAGAGACUUCAAGAAUGUUACAAAUUAAUGAGGCAAUUAGGACCAGCUAUCUCUGCUAACUGAUAUAUUACUGGUAUAAGAAUAUACCUCAUUCAAUCUUGUCUUUUACAUGGGUUUAUCUUUUUCAUGACUCAUUAUUGUACCAGGUAUGUAAAUAUGAAACCGGAAUUUUUAUAUAGAAAAUACACGUUUAUUGUAUGAAAAUGAUUAAAAAUAUUUUAUUCGAAGUAUUGCCCAUCGCUAGCUAUACAUUUUUCCCACCUGUCUGGC